AAUCCUUGGUCCGUGCUCAAGAUCUUAGAUCGAUUUCUAAAGUCUUCUUCUUCUUCGUCUUCUGAUAACUAUAGCUUCUUGAAUCUUCUAAAGCUUUAAUUUUUCAUAGCCAUGGCUAAUCGUUAUGAUCCAAAUCCUUUCGCUGAGGAAGAAGAAGUCAAUCCUUUCGCUAAUCCUAGAGGUGUUCCGCCUGCGUCGAAUUCUAGACUUUCGCCUUUACCUCCAGAGCCUGUUGGUUUCGAUUAUGGUCGAACCGUGGACAUUCCUCUUGACAGACCUGGUGGACAGGAUUUGAAGAAGAAAGAGAAGGAACUCCAAGCCAAAGAAGCUGAGCUAAAACGACGAGAGCAGGACCUCAAAAGAAAAGAAGAUGCUGCUGCACGAGCUGGAAUCGUUAUCGAAGUGAAAAACUGGCCGCCUUUCUUCCCGCUUAUCCACCAUGACAUCGCAAACGAAAUUCCAGUUCAUCUCCAAAGACUACAGUACGUUACUUUCGCAACUUAUUUGGGUUUGGUUCUAUGUCUUUUCUGGAAUAUCAUCGCUGUUACUACAGCUUGGAUCAAAGGAGAAGGAGUGACGAUAUGGCUUCUUGCCUUAAUUUACUUCAUAGCCGGUGUUCCAGGAGGCUAUGUGUUAUGGUAUCGGCCACUCUACCGUGCCUUCAGAACUGAUAGUGCAUUGAGCUUUGGAUGGUUUUUCUUGUUCUAUAUGCUCCACAUUGCUUUCUGCGUCUUUGCUGCUGUUGCUCCACCUGUCGUCUUCAAAGGAAAAUCUCUUGCUGGGAUCUUACCUGCAAUAGAUGUCUUAAGCGGUCAAGCAAUUGUUGGGAUAUUCUACUUCAUUGGGUUUGCAUUUUUCUGCCUCGAAUCAGUGGUUAGCAUCUGGGUUAUUCAGCAAGUGUAUAUGUACUUCCGAGGCAGCGGGAAACAAGAUCAAAUGAGACGGGAAGCGGCGAGAGGAGCCUUGAGAGCCGCUGUUUGAGAGGUUUCGUUGUAACAUUCUGUUUUCAAAUCUAAUUUUUAAGAAAAAUUCUUACAUUUA